GGCGGGAGGCGGGGAGGAGGAAGAGGGUGUCUGUGGUGAAGUUUGUGUCGGUUCGGAACAGCCCCCGCGCUCUCAUGGAGACCGAACCGCUCCUCGGGAGCCGUCGCUCCGACUCCUCCGGGGUCCCCAGCACCAGCACCACCACCGCCAGCAGCAGCAGCAGGAACUACAGCAGCAGCGGCAGCACCAGCCAGAUCGAUGACCUGUACAUACAGCAAGCUGCUGUGUUUAUUGAAGACGCAAUACAGUAUCGUACCAUCAAUCAUAGAGUAGAUUCCCAGUCCCUACGGCUUUAUCGGUGGUACUACUCUGAGGCUUGUCAGUGGGUUUUGAGCACUGCUAUCUUUGUGGUUUUGGCCUUGGCCUUUUUUGAGAAACCUUCAUCUUUGAGUGUUACAUCUGAUCUCCGACUCCGCCAUGUACUUUGGGAGCCUCCUUGUGGACUUACGGAAGGCAUUGAAGUAUUUUGUCUUGUCUUGUUCAUUAUCGAUGUAGUGAUAAAAAGCUAUUUAAUUGGAUGGAAAGAAUUCCAGAAAUCAAAAUGGCUGAUUGCCUAUGCUCUUGUACUUGCUGCUUCCAUUGUGGACUGGACCGUGACUCUUUGCUUAUUUUGUGAGGAGAAAGUAAGAAUUAGAAGACUUUUGCGGCCAUUUUUCCUUCUCCAAAACUCCUCACUCAUGAAAAAGGCUUUUAAAUGCCUACAACAAACAAUACCACAAAUUACAAGUGUUAUGUUGCUGUUAGCUUUGCACCUGUUACUGUUUACUAUGAUCGCCAUGCUGUUGUUCACUCGAGUCCAGACGGCUGAAGAUGAUCAAGAGUGGAAGACUUAUUUCCGAAAUUUGCCGGAAUCUUUGACCUCAUUAUUAGUACUGCUGACGACAGCUAAUAACCCUGAUGUGAUGAUCCCAGCCUAUUCACUCAAUCGAGCCUAUUCAUUGUUCUUCAUUACCUUCAGUCUUAUUGGGACAUACUUGUUAAUGAAUUUAUUGACUGCGAUAAUAUACAACCAAUUUCGUGGCUAUUUACUGAGUUCAAUUCAGACAUCGUUAAUUCGAAGAUGCUUGGGAAUUCGAGGAGCAUUUGAGGUGCUUUGCUGUGAGAGUCCAAGCAAAGCUGGAAGAAGAGGUUCUAUUAGAAUGACUGUGAGCACCAACACAGUGCUGCAAGUCCUGCAGAAAGUGAAAAUGUCUUCAGCGCACAAGCAAGAAAUGAUAAAGCAAGUGAAGGCAUUCACUCAUAACUGUGUUACAGCAGAACAGUUUCGUGCACUCUUUGAUGAAUUGCACAAAGAGACAAUGAGAGAGUAUCCGCCAAAACCAGUGUAUCGAUCUGUUUUCUUGCAAAAGCUCCAGACUCUGUUCAGCCAUCGGUUUGUGGAUUACUUUGGAAACCUAAUGGUUGCGGUGCAUCUGAUUUGCAUUUUUGUUACUUUGGUGCAUGAUGCAGAAACACCUAUCUCUGAACGUGAUGGUUUCUUUUCUGGCAUUGUGAAUGGAUCCUUUUCCCUGUACUAUCUUUUGGAAAUGGCAGUGAAAAUCUUUGCGUUGGGCAUUAAAGGUUAUUGCUCAUACAAAAGCAACCUAUUUGAUGGGCUUCUGACUAUAAUACUACUGAUUCUGCAACUGUCCUCUCUUGUGCAGUAUGGUUGGCCUCGUCCAGGGUGGAAUCCAGUGCUACAUGGAUUGCUGUCUCUUUGGGAAACAGUUCGGCUGGCAAAUAUGCUCGUUGUUUUCAGAUUUCUCCGGUUAAUUUCCAGUAUCAAGUUAAUGGCCUUGGUUGCUAAUAGUCUGUUUGAUCUGAUCAAGAAUUUACGAGCUUUUGCUGGAAUUCUUGUAGUGGCAUAUUAUAUUUUUGCAAUUGCUGGUGUUGCAUUUUUUAAAGACAAAAUCCCAGCUCCCCAGAAUUCAACAAAUGCAAGUCUGAAUGCAAGCAUUUCACCUGAGAAUAUGACCCAACAGUGUGGUACCUAUGAACAGCUGGGUUAUUGGCCCAACAACUUUAAUGACUUUGCUGCUGCUUUGGUCACUCUGUGGGAUCUAAUGGUGGUGAACAACUGGCAGGUUUUUCUGGAUGUUUUCUCAAGAUAUGCAAGUCCGUGGUCCAAACUUUAUUUUGUAGCUUGGUGGCUGGUGUCUUCUGUCAUUUGGGUUAACCUCUUUGUGGCUCUGAUUCUUGAGAACUUUAUCCAUAAAUGGGAUCGGACUUAUCACCCAUCCUUCUCUGAUCAGGAGUCAGAAUAUCAGAUGAGUGUGCAGGAUAUGUUCAGAGAUGAUCUUGAGGAACCAACUGAAGAAGAUUUGUUGGAGAGACUGCGACAACAUCCACAUCUUCAUCUACCAAGAGGGCCCAUUUAGUCAUGUCAGGAUUGUAUCCAAAUGCUUGACAGACAAGGUGACUGCUCAUCCAGGUUUUGCUGUAAAGGAGCCUAAAAAUGGACUUAACCAUUCCCCUCAAAUGGACCAAUUCUGACUCUGCAAUUUUCCUCAGUGCACAAAAACAGGAAAUAACUCUGAAGAUGUCAGUAGCACUUAAUGGACCAGAAGUGUCUUCGUAAAAUACCACAUGCUUUCUAUAUAAACACUAUAUAUGUAACUGGGAUUUCAUUUUAAAAUUUAAUUCUUCACCUUGAUUUUUAAUACUGACUUCCUUUUCCAGAUGUUUACUGCAAGAUUGGUGAAAAUUGUGGUACAGUAAAUAUUUAUAAACCUGUAUAUUCACCUAGAAAAUUGAAUUAAAACUGUCCACAUUUUUAUUGUGUAAUUCACUUUUUUACAGAUUUUCUGGUGCUCACUUUUUUUAAAAAAAAAACUUGCAUCUUAAACACUGAAACUGGUUUGUUACUCGCAAAUGGUCAAUCAAUAUAUUCUGCACUAUCCCAGAACCUGUUUGUUAGCUUCUACCUGAAAGAUACUUUAUUAAACUUUUGUCAGUCAAUUGUUUAUGAAGCUUGGCCUGUGGCAGAAUGAGUUUUUUUAAUGUAAAAUAAAGAGCUAUUUUGUCUAAA